AUGAGUGGACGACGCGAUUUCCUUUCGAUGCCUGCGCCCGAGAACUACGUAGCUGGUCUCGGGCGUGGUGCCACUGGCUUCACCACGCGAAGUGACUUGGGUCCCGCACGAGAGGGGCCUUCGGAAGAACAGAUGAAGGAGAUGCUGGCCAAGCGUGCGGCUUCGCUAGGCCAGGCAGCUCCUGCGGCGUAUGGCGUGACGGAGAGGAAGGAGGAAGAGCACGAUGACGAAGAGGAUCGGUUUCAGGAUCCUGAUAACGAAGUCGGUCUGUUCUCGAGUGGCAUGAACUACGACAAGGAAGACGACGAGGCGGACAGGAUAUAUCAGGAAGUAGAUGAGAAGAUGGACAAGCGAAGGAGAGCCCGCAGGGAAGCCCGCGAGCAACAAGAACGCGACGAGUACGAAAAGAAUAAUCCGAAGAUCCAACUCCAAUUCGCCGAUCUGAAGCGAGCGCUCGGCUCCGUUUCUGAAGAAGAGUGGGCAGCGCUGCCUGAAGUAGGAGAUAUGACGGGCAAGGCAAAACGCGCACGCGAAGCUCGAAUGGCGAACUCGCGCUCAUAUGCAGUGCCGGACAGCGUUCUCCAGGCUGCAGCAAAGUCGGGAGAGCUUGACACUUCAAUAUCUGCCAAUGAUGCCGAUUCGGGCACAAUGACGAACUUUGCAUCCAUCGGAGCUGCUCAACUUUCUGCGCUUACAGUACGAUUGGACUCGGCUGCAUCGAACGGGCCAGGUACACAGACGACUACCUCGGGCACAGCGACGAGUGUGGAUCCCAAAGGCUACAUUACAGCGCUGGAUAAGAAACAAGCCAUGGGUGAUGAGGUUCCUGUAGAAGAUAUCAACCGUGCGCGAGUACUGCUUGAGUCGGCUGUCAAGACUAACGUUCACAACGGUCCCGGUUAUGUUGCGCUUUCACGUCUGGAAGAGGUUGCUGGCAAAGUGCAUACCGCGAAAAAGGUUAUUCAGAAAGGCUGCGAGAUGUGCCCCAAGUCCAUUGUUGUGUGGGAAGAAGCUAUUCGGCUCAACAAGGAAAAUGUUCAUAACGCAAAGAUCAUCGCAGCGAACGGUAUCAAACUCAAUCCCAAGGCUAUUAGGCUGUGGCAACAAGCGAUCGAUCUCGAGCAGACUCCAGCUGCUAGAAAGAAGGUCACACGACAAGCCCUAGAUCAUAAUCCACAGUCAGUGGAGCUCUGGAAGACGCUGAUCAAUGACACUGAAGACAUUGAGAACGUCAAACUCCUGUUUGCAAAAGCCACGGAGACUGUGCCGCUGUCUGAAGAGCUGUGGAUCUCCUAUGCUCGAGUCAGUGAUGCGGAGGCUGCUCAGCAAGUAUUGAACAAGGCGCGCAAAGCGAUCCCCACCAGUUGGGCGAUUUGGAUCCACGCCUGCAGAUUGCAAGAAGAGCUUGGCAAAGUUGAGAUGUGUGAUAGGAUCAUGGAGCGCGCUGUCAAAGCGCUCAUCAAGGAGAAUGCGAUGAUCAAGCGUGAAGAAUGGUUAGCACAGGCGGAGAUUUGUGAAGAAGAGGGUGACAAGGGAACAGCCGCAUCAAUAGUCAAGGCUACGAUUGGUUGGGGCCUUGACGAGGACGAUGAACGGAGAGACAUUUGGCUUGAGGAUGCCAAAAGCAUUUCAAGUCGGGGUAGAUUCGAAACCGCGCGUGCGAUUCUUGGACACGCAGUGUCUAUAUUCCCGUACUCGACGACUGUCUGGCACGCAUCUGCCGAUCUUGAGAAACACCAUGGCACGGCUGAGUCACUCCUCAGUGUUCUUGAGCGCGCAGUCACCGCUUGUCCAAACUCGGAGUCACUAUGGCUGCUGUACGCUCGAGAGAUGUGGCAGUCUGGCGAUCCCGAGGGCGCCCGCAAAGUCCUGGGUCGCUCGUUUGAGAAAUUGCCGGGCAACGAGAAUUUGUACACCCGGGCAGUCGACUUUGAAGUAGACGCUGGCAAUUACGACCAAGCGCGGAGCUUCCUGCAAGUCGCGCGAGAAUCCGCUGCCACGGACCGCAUCUUCAUGAAGUCGGCCGUGCUCGAACGCCAACUCGGCAACUUUGAAGUCGCGCUUGACAUUUGCAACCAAGCGCUGCAGAAUUGGCCCCAUAGCUGGAAACUCCACGCCGUCAAAGGCCAAAUCUACGAACAGCUGUCCAAGCUCAAGGAAGCGCAAGAAGCCUUCAACAUUGGCACCCGCGCAGCUCCUAAAUCCCCGACCCUCUACAUUCUCCUCUCGCGCAUCCAAGAGAAACAAGGCGCGAUUGUCAAGGCCCGGUCGACACUCGAUCGCGGCCGUCAGCAAAACCCAAAGAACCCCGAACUCCUCUGCGAAGCCGUCCGCCUCGAACGCCGGCAGCAAAACAUUCCGGCCGCGCAAAAGAUCAUGGCCAUUGCGCUGCAAGAAUGCCCCAACUCGGGCCUGCUCUGGGCCGAGAAGAUUAUGCACCUCGAGGCGCGCACGCAGCGCAAACCCCGCGCCCUCGAAGCCAUCAGAAAGGUGGAAAACGACGCGCAGCUCUUCGUCGUCGUCGCACGCAUCUUCUGGGCCGAGCGCCGGCUCGACAAGGCGGCGACGUGGUUUACAAAGGCCGUGGUCCUGGACCCGGAUUACGGUGAUGGCUGGGUCUGGUACUACAAGUUUCUGGAGCAGCAUGGGACGGAGGAGAAGAAGGCGGAGGUGUUGGCCAAGGUGGGCAUGGCUGAACCCAGGCACGGUGAGGUCUGGCAGGCUGUUAAGAAGGAUCCAAAGUUUGCGAGGCAGAGUGUCGAGGAUGUGUUGAAGAUUGCGGCAAAGGUUGCGGAGUAG